UACGCAUGCGUAUACAUUGUCAUUUUAUCGAGAUGUCGAGUUUAGAUUAUAUUGAGAAGAAAUUAAGAGUUUUAGAUGCACAAUUAAAAGCAGAAAAUGAUGAUAAUAGGAAAGAUGUACCAAAUAUAAGCACUCAAUUACAAUCACCACGGACAAUGAAGCGGAGACCAGCUCUCCGGUUACCUGAAGCUUGUACAACACCUACAAGGAUCAGGCCCCGGCAUCAUGUUGAUUUUCCUAGGCCUGGCCCACCAAUGCAUCAUCGUCCAUCAAUUACUAGCUCAGAAAUUGAUAAAAAGUUAGAGAAAAUCAUGUGUCAGACCGGAAAAUUAACCAUUAAAGGAGAAAAAUAUCAAGUCACCACAGAUUCCCUGGAACUUCUGGGUGAAAUUGGUUUUGGUAGCUGUGGUCAUGUGAUCAAGAUGAGACACAAGAAAACAGGAUGUGUUGUAGCAGUAAAGCAAAUGAGACGGUCUGCGAACAAAGAAGAGAAUAAACGUAUACUGAUGGAUCUUGAUGUAGUAUUGAAAAGCCAUGACUGUCCUUAUAUAGUCCAGUGUUUGGGAGCUAUUGUAACAAGUAGUGAGGUGUGGAUAUGUAUGGAGCUCAUGGCAACAUGUUUAGAGAAGUUGAUGAAGAGGUUAAAGGAACCAAUACCAGAACAGAUUAUAGGCAAAAUGGUUGUAGCGAUUGUUAAUGCACUUAACUACCUGAAGGUGAAACAUGGGGUCAUGCACCGAGAUGUAAAACCUUCAAAUAUUUUGUUAGAUGAAAGAGGGACAGUUAAACUUUGUGAUUUUGGUAUUAGUGGACGCCUUGUGGACUCGAAGGCUAGGACACGUAGUGCUGGCUGUGCAGCGUAUAUGGCUCCUGAAAGGAUUGACCCACCUGACCCUUCAAAUCCAGACUACGAUGUACGAGCAGAUGUGUGGAGUCUAGGUAUAUCACUGGUUGAGCUCGCCACAGGUGAAUUCCCCUACAAGAAUUGUAAGAACGAUUUUGAAGUACUAGCAAGAGUUCUAUCGGAGGAUCCACCAAAGUUACCACCAAACAGAGGAUUUUCCUGUGAUUUUCAUUCCUUUGUGCAAUGCUGCCUGACUAAGGACUGUACAAAACGGCCCAAGUACAAGACCUUAAUGGAACAUGGUUUUUUCAAACGUUACGAGGUAGCCCGUGUAGAUGUGGCAUCUUGGUUUGCGACAGUGAGGACUCGAAUGCAGCAAGCCCAGCAAAUGACACGAACACACCACUACGUCCAUGUCUUUGGAACGGGCUAGCUCAUCUGCUAUGGAUCCCGGGGUUGGGUAGCAGAGGAGAGAAGCAUACACUUACUCUGCUGAUACUUGAGGGUUGGGUAAUAAGAGUGUGUAAUCAGCUUAGAUGAGAAAUCUGCUGGUAUUCAAGGGGUUGGGUAAUAAGAGUUGGUUAUAUAAUACUCAGCUUAGAACCAUUUAAAAAGAAUUCUAAGGUUACCCUAGAUUUGUUCAUUAUGUUUUUUAUAUCCAGACAAUCGAAUUGUCACAACCGAGUGCAAACAUUGUACCUAAACACUGUGUGUUAACACUGCAACAUCAAGACAACUCUAAAAAAAUAAUGUAAUUUCUUUUUUCCAUAAAAAAAAAAUCUGAACACAUUAUUUUGGAAUGUGUGUACAUUUGGGAUAUUUUUUAUGUUUUAUUUUUUACAUCGUAACCAAUACUUGCCAAAUUUUGUUUUUCUUUUUAACUGUUUAGGAGCUAUGCUCAUAUAUUUCUUUGCAAUAACCAAGAUUUGCAUAUAAUUUUCAAAAAUGUCAAAAAAAAAAAACAUAUUCAGCUCUAUGAUCGGUUGACUGCCUGUGUCUACAAAUCAUGUGUGUCCACUUGGAUUUAUCUGUUUUGUUUAGAGUACCUGAUGUUAAGUGAUUUUAACUGACCACAUGGUAAAGGAAAAUGUAUUAUAUGUUUAAUCUAGGCAGAUAUGUAUUGCAAGGAACUUAUGUUAUCACUAAAAUUUUUUCAAAAAUUCAGCAAACAAGUGUCUUUUCUACCUCACUAGUUACAUCAGUGCUGAAUAUAAACUCAUAUUUAUUUGUACGGUGCCCAUGAUAUUUGACUCGCAUGAAGUUUGAACAUUUAAGAAUAAAUCAGUCGUAGGUCUGGCCAUUUUGAAAUGGUCAGGCCUAGAUCUGGCAUUUUCGGAGAUAAUCAGGCCCAAGUCUGGCCAUUUUGAAAUCAUUCAGGCCUAAAUGUGGCAUUUUCGGAAUUAAUCAGACCUAGGUCUGACCAUUUUGAAGUCAGUCAGGGCUAUAUGUGGUCCAUUUCAUAAUUAAUCAGGCCUAAGUCUGGCCAUUUAAAAAUCAAUCAGGCCUAGAUGUGGCAUUUUCGGAAUUAAUCAGACCUAGGUCUGACCAUUUUGAAGUCAGUCAGGCCUAUAUGUGGUCCAUUUCAUAAUUAAUCAGGCCUACGUCUGGCCAUUUAAAAAUCAAUCAGGCCUAGGUUUGGCAUUUUAGAAUAGAUUAUGCCUAUUGUUGACCAUUUCAGAAUUAUUCUUGCCUAGGUCUGGUGGAAUAUUAUGGUCAAUUGGUUUAUUUUGUGAAUGGAAUUUCAAAAGAACUGGAAUCAUAUUUUUCUGUUUUUCUUUUGAAAUUAUUUUAUGUUAUUUAUAACCCUAUAUAUGAUAGAAAUCAGUCAGGAAAAUACUGAUUAAAAUCACUGGAGAUAAUUAAAAACUUCUUUUAUUUCUUUUAAGUCCUUUAUUGCCUAUUUAUUUAAAAGGUGAAGGCAGUUCAUGAUUUAAUAACCUAAAUUUCUGAGUAGGAAAAAUAGUAUAAUCACAAGAUGUUAAAUCUGUAUUUGUCAUUGUAUUUUGAAGUAUAUUUUGAAAGACGCUGAAAAUUGUCAUAACAUAUCACUUGAUUGCACCUGUUGGAAUCAUGUUAACAUGGCCACAAUAAAAUAUGUUGUGAUGCCCAAGCACAGAGACAUUUUUAGAAAUAAAGGUUAGUCAGUGGGCAGUUUACUAUAUGCAGAGUCCUAAUUUUAGGUUUCAUUGCUAACCAUCCCUCACCACCUUUCUGUAUGUCAAAAGGUAACCACGGAGCUAAAAUUCUUAGUUAUUAAUGUAUUCAAUUUAUUAAAGCUGGAAAUUGCAACUAUUUUUGGACAUCUCUUUGGGUAAAAAAACCCAACAUAUUACUACAAAAAAAAAAAAAAAAAAUCUCGCCCUAGAUUUAAAAUAUUUUUUUUUUACCCUAAUAUUUGAUUUUGGUCUUAUUCCCAAGUAUAUAAACUACAUUAAUUAGAAAUAUUUCCUUCUCCAGCCCUCAAUAUGAGGUUGUCCUAUAAACUGAAUGGUCAUUGCUUAUAUUAGUUGAGAAUAAACCUGUAUAAUAGUGUAAUAUAACAGCCUAAGAUCCAGAUUGUUCAGUUGUUCUUUGUUUAUGGCAGUGUGUAUCUUUUGACAUCGGUUGUAAUGAUGUCAAAUUUUUGUAACAGAAAAGAGUGAGAGGAAAAAGAUGUGCAUGCCAAGAACUGUUUGUAUUCACCCAGUGUUUUCAGUGCAGUAAAAUGUGUCAAUUGUGUUUGUAUAAAAUUUUAAGAUGCUUAAUUACAUUGAUGUUUCUACCAUUUAAAAAGUUUUUAAUAAUUUGUUUUACAAAGAGAGAUUUUCUUCCAGGUAACCCUAUUGUUUUAUGUGGAAAACAGUUGAAAAAACUAAAUUCAAUAUUCUAUACAGGCUGUUUGUAUUCUUAUCAAAAUCUGUUGUCUUAUAAUUUCUGUUAAUCCUAUUGGAUCUCCCAGACAAUGUAUGUUAUGUACAUGAUGAUGGCACCAUUCAACAAACAUUGACGGGAUGGAAUCACUACAUCGUUUAUCCCAGCACAUUAAUAUUUUUCUCAAGUAAACAUUUCAUGAAUUGGUUUUACAUGAAUGAGUUAGCUGUGUUACCAACUGAAAAAAAAUUUCUAAGAUAAAUUCCAUCCACCUCUAUAAAUUGGUUUGGAUAAGUUACCAAAGAAGAUAUAGUGGUUAUUUUACUCAAAAAGAAUGUAGAACAACACAAUCUUGGAAAUCAAUACAUUUGUUUGCCAUUUGGUGUGGGUUGCCUUAAUUGAAUUGUAGGUUAUUUUGAACAAUGUUGAGCAAUUAUCUUUAGAAAAAAAAAAAUUUGGGCUACUGUUAUCAUUACCUGUAUAGUUAAUAGGUGGAUACGGUGCUUUAAUGAUUUAAGUUUAAAAAAGAUAUAAACAUAGUUUUGGUUCUGAAAUCCUGAGUUCAUAAUUACUAGUCAUUGGAGUGCCAUGCACCCCAUUGACACAGCAAGAGACAAUUGUUUGAAAGGAAGAUUUAUUGACAUCAGAGCAGAAAAAGCAAUUACAAUAAUCAAUUUGUAUUUACAUUAACACACCAGUGUCCAAUAAUCUUAAAAUAAUUUGAUUUGAAAUGUUCCCUUUUCCCAACAUUUUUAUGCUGAUCUUUAAAUUAUGUAAUUAAUUAAUGUAAAUUCAUAAAUAUUUAAAUCCAGUGAAGUUAUUUGGUUAUGCUAUAGUAAGUUGUUAUUAAAUGGAUGCUAAUCUAAUGGGCAAUAUUAUCUGGUAACUGCUGCCUCUUGAUUCCUCCCUGUCAGUUAUUAUAAACAUAGCCAUUGUUUUAAUGUAUUAUAAAUAGUACCUGUACUCCCCUCAUCAAGUGUAACUAGGGUUUUUUUCACAACUUUUUCCUUGUGUAAACUAUGUGGGUACUUAAAUGUUGAUUAAUAAUAAUUAUAUUGAAGUUGAUAUUAUGGGAAUUGAUUAUGAGAGGGAGGAAUUGUCACCUUUGCAAUUUGACCCCAAUAUUGUUAGGUUGCUCUACCAAUUUAUAGUCCCCUGUAGAGAAACUUUAAUAAUGGUAUUGCAUGAUAUUCAUUGAGUUAAUAACACUAGGGUUGUAUCUGAUGUAAAUCCACUUUGAAGCAUCUGCAGGUAAUAAUGUUAAGUUGGUCAAUAGAGGGCGUACAUUUCACUGAGCUUGGUUUAAAUUUAUAUAGAUGUUAAACAGUACAGAUUGCUAAGUAGUAAGGUUCUUCCAGCUGUGAUUUUUUCUGACCAUUAUGUGUAUACGACUGACUGUUGACUUUUCAUCAAUUCACUCAGGGCCAAUUAUAGUCUAGCCCACACUAUUGAUUCUUACAUUUUCUUUUGUAAAGGUGCAUUAAAAAAAUAUGUAUUUGGUCAAUUUAAAUAUUUAGUUAAGUGUGCAAGAAAAUAGAUGAUAGUUAAUAUAUAGUUAGAGAUAGAAUGUUGAAAAAAACAAUGUUGGGCUGGCUCCCUAAGUGAUUAGAAAUUAUUUGAGUAUGUGCAGUAAUUGACACCCUAAGUUUGUAGAUAUAUACCAAUUUGAAACUCUAAGCAUUAAUGGCAGGACAUAGCCAAGAAAGAGUCUGGACUCUUGGAAUUUAAAGACAAUUCUGAACAAUCAGAAAGACGGACAAAACUUGAAAUUUAAUUUUGUUCAAAGUUCAAAAUACUGUAUUUGAACAGCAAUGAAUUAUAUGUAAUCUGUUGAUGAUAACAUUGGUAAUAACAUGUUUAUAAGAUAUAUAUUCUUAUUACAUUGACCCUAUUAUAUGAUAUAAAUAAAAAUGGUUAUAUCACACCAUGUAUACAAGAUAAUAUCUUGAUCUUAUAUUGUGUUUAUACCUAAUUAUAUUGGUACCAAAAUAUAGAUUCUACAUGUUGUAGUAAAAGAGAUGAUGGUGCCAGUACUGGAAAAACAAACAUCUUUACUCGCAGUUUAUUCCCGUAAUUUAAAAUGAUGACAAACACUAUAUAUUGCAAUUUCAAUUUUUAGCCCACAGUUUGGGUUACCCCCUUGUUGUCCAUUAGGUUUGUGCUGUUUGUUUUUGUUCUUUUUUGUUGAAUUUGAUGUUGCAGCUGCCUGUCCAUAAUGAUACCUAGGAAUUCUCAAUUUCUUAGGGGGGUAUUUUUUUUUUGUCUUACCAGGACUCGCUGCUGUGUACUACAGUCAUGUUGUUUCUGGUCCCAUUUUACCAGUAGUAUAAAUUGUGUUAGAUAUGUAAACGUUGUUUACUUAGUAUUUGUCAUGCUAUUACUAUUUGUUGGUGUGUAGUCCCUGUGGAUCAUACUAUAUUGCACUACCUUGAACCCAGUGGGGUUUUCAUGAAUCAAAUGAUAUUUUAUCAAAAUUUAAUUUAAAAUAUAUAUUCAUGCAAAAUCAGAUACAAAAUAAUUAAGAUUAAUUAUAUAAAAGAGGAGCAGUCAAUUUGUUUUCAUGGUUUUUGGUUAGGAUGUUAUAAAGUGGCCAUUGGGUGCCAAGCUGUGUAUUAAAAAAACUAAAUACCUAUUAUUAUCGCACAAGUUAUUGCAUAUACUGUAUGUAAGAAAAUCUAAUGUUUUUUUCCCCGAUGUUAUGCAUCAUAUGUUUAUUUCCAGACAUCCACUCAGAUCACUGCACUGAGUACAAGAGUGAGAAUGUAUUGAAACAGAUUAUUAAGUACAGUAUGUUGUUUUUAAUGAUUAUAAAAAUUUUAAUAUACAUGACAUGAAUGUUGUCACCUAAAGAUCCUUAGAGGCAGUGUUAAUAAAAAGAGUACAAGACAUGAGA